AUGCAUGAGUCCAUUCGUGCUUUUGAGGUGAAGCUCAAACUUUUUGAACGUCAACUAGCAGCGAAUAAUGCUGCACACUUUCCUACACUGAAAUCAUUGCAAAGCACACCUGAGUUUCGUGGAAUUAUCAGCAGAGAAAAGUACCGCAACAUGAUUUCCAAGUUACUGAACGAAUUUGGAGAAAGAUUUGCAGACUUAAAGAACCUUGAGAGUGAUUUCUCGAUCUUUCGAAAUCCUUUCGCCGCAAAUCCCGAUGAGACACCAGAGGAUAUUCAGUUAGAACUAAUUGAUCUUCAUACCUAUGUCUGUGAGCAACUCUUCUCACUGAUGAACUUGAACAAGUCUGGACUCAGGUCUCGGCUCACUAAUGAACACCUCAACUCAACACUGAAAGUAGCCAUUGCUCAGUCUCUGGCGCCAAACAUAGACGAACUUGUACAGACCAAGAGGUGCCAAGUUUCUGGGAGCAGCACGACCAGGAAUUAA